UUUAUUAAAAGAAACUUCCGAUUUUCUUGCGCUGUCAGGCAGCUGAAGAAAGGAGGCGGCGUGUUAUCGAAUGUUUUGUCCGAGGGACGGGGUCGGACACGGAAACCUCCCACUACCCGACUGUCUCCGGGUGGAUCUGGAUCUACACCCCUCCACCCCCUCUGUCCCCCUCAGGCCCCGUCCUAUCCUACAAUGGACAGCAGCGGGAGAUCGGUUCAGAGCCGCUGUUCUGUCCGGUUGCUCAGCCGAUGACAGGAGGAAAAACCUCGGAGUGAGUCCAUGUGGCCUGUGCGCUUUUUUUGUCCCGGUGCCUCUGCGGGCGCGCAGUGCGUGCAUGCGCCGUGAGUAAAGAAGGCGGGAGGCCUCCCCUCAGUUCUAUUUUAUUUUAUUUUUUUCUUCUACCCUCUUUUAUUUCUGAGACAUGAUCGGUGCACCGAGUCGAUUUCUUUAAAUGUCCGCUGAGCGGAUGGAGUGAAUUGCGCAAAAACCAAAAAAUAAAGGGGGGGUCAGAGACAGAGCGCAGUUUGGGUGCCGUGUGAUGAUAGGAGACACAAUGACGCUCCUGUCUCUUCUGGGUCGGAUCAUGCGUUAUUUUCUCCUCAGGCCAGAGACACUGUUCCUGCUGUGCAUCAGCCUGGCGCUGUGGAGCUACUUCUUCCACACGGACGAGGUGAAGACCAUCGUCAAGUCGAGCCGGGAUGCGGUGAAGAUGGUGAAGGGGAAAGUGGCGGAGAUGAUGCAGAACGAUCGGCUGGGAGGCCUCAGCGUGCUGGACGCCGAGUUCUCCAAAACCUGGGAGUUCAAGAAUAAGAACGUAGCUGUUUACUCCAUCCAGGGCAGGCGGGACCACAUGGAGGACCGCUUCGAGGUGCUCACCGACAUCACCAACAAGAGCCACCCGUCCAUCUUCGGUAUAUUUGACGGGCACGGCGGAGAGGCAGCAGCUGAUUAUGUGAAGGCCCACCUGCCAGACACCCUGAAGUACCAGCUGCAGGCAUUUGAGAGGGAGAAACGAGAAAGCGCACUCUCUUAUGCCAACAUCCUUGAGCAGCGGAUUUUGGCCGUGGAUCGUGAGAUGCUGGACAAACUGUCAGCCAACCAUGAUGAAGCAGGUACUACGUGUCUGGUAGCGCUACUGUCUGACAGAGAGCUUACUGUUGCCAACGUUGGGGACUCGCGUGGCGUAUUGUGUGACAAAGACGGGAACGCUGUUGCUCUGUCACAUGACCAUAAGCCGUACCAGCUGAAAGAACGCAAAAGGAUCAAGAGGGCAGGAGGCUUCAUCAGCUUCAAUGGUUCCUGGAGAGUCCAGGGAAUACUGGCUAUGUCCCGCUCACUGGGUGACUACCCACUGAAGAACCUCAAUGUAGUCAUUCCCGACCCAGACAUCAUGACCUUUGACCUGGACAAACUACAGCCAGAGUUCAUGAUCCUGGCAUCUGACGGUUUGUGGGACGCCUUCAGCAACGAGGAGGCUGUCCGGUUUGUCCGUGAACGUCUGGACGAACCCCACUUUGGUGCCAAAAGCAUUGUCUUGCAGUCGUUUUAUCGGGGUUGCCCUGACAACAUCACUGUCAUGGUGGUGAAGUUCAAGAGUGGGGCCGGGGGAAGCAACAAGGCAGAGGAGUAAGUCUGGGUGAAGACCAGAUGUCAUACUCAAAUCAUGAAUUUGUUUUCAACACUGCUCAGUGUCGCCACCUUCUGGAUGGAGCUCCACAAAGAACAGACUCUUAAUACACACAAUU